AUGCCAACCCCUAGUGGGAGCGAGAGGCAGAACCCGCGCCCAGUUCAUGUGACGAGGGCAGAUCAGGUCAAGACAGGGCAUGGACAGACGGACGGGAUGAUCCGACAGUCCGCGAUUGUCGAGCUAUCCCCAUCCAUUUGCGGCACGCUGAUGCGCGCACAACCACACUCCGCCUCAGCGGUGCACCAUCACGGCACCCAAGACACCAUCGUCUACGCGGUGAGUGGCUACGGCUCCCUUGUAUCGUCGUCUGGCAAGGGCAAAGAUGGUCCGUUUGGAGAUGUCAGGCAGGAUCUCAAGCCGGGAGACUGGGCCCUGAUCCCGGCAUACAGGGAACAUCAGGAGGUCAACGACGGCGACGAAGAAGUUGUCUGGGUCAUUGUCAGGGCGCCGGAAGGAGUUCCUGUCGUCGAGAACUUGAAGGGCUGGGGUGGAAGCUUGGAGACCUAG